UGAUGUAAGCAGGAAACCUAAAGCACCGGUUGUGAAUACGUAACAGGUUGCCGCCUUAACCAGGAAGUUGUGAUGCAUGUCACUGAAUACAUGCAGUUGCGAGCGACAAGUGGAAGGCAUAGUCAGAGAUCUAAGUAGCUCAUAGAAUGAAUCCUCUCUGGGUCUUAUCCAUAUUUUUUACCGUAACAGAUUCUUUUGAAAUCAUCAAUGCUACAAGAGGAAGCUCAUUCCUACUACCUUGUGAGCCGGCCUUUGGAUUUUAUUAUGAGGGAUUUCAGGUGAAGUGGAGUAAAAAAGGACUUGAUGAAGUCAUAUGUCAUUAUUUCCUAAAUGAAACAGAUGUGAGGCCCAUGACCUGCAUGUCAUCCUUUAAACCCUCAUUGAGGGGUUUGAAAGUUAAAUAUUUUAAUAGUGAUCACUCUGGAUCCUACAACUGCUCUAUCAUAGGAAUUAUACCGCCACCCAAUCGGGACCUUAAUACAACUACAGUGGAACUUCGAACAGUUGGUACAAGCCUUGAAUUAGUGAACACCACUGAUUCUGAUUGUAUUGAGCUGUUGUGUACAAUGGAUGGCAUAGAUCAAGAGAAAGUCAGCUUUAUCUGGAACUGGAGGGGCAAGAAUAAAUCUGAACAGGUGAUCACCAACAGCUCAUCCAGUGUAAGCAGCUCUCUGCACUUGUGUGGAGCGGAGAGGAGAGAUGGAGACACUAUUACCUGCAGUGUUUCACAUCCAUCAGGUCACUUUACAUCAAGCUGGACUAUUCCUGAACAGAAUGUACAUGUAGGUAAUGAAGACAGCAACUGGACAGUGAUAACAAUCUGCAUUUGUGCUUCAACUGGGGCAGUGUUGCUUAUUGCCAUGGCUGUCAUUAUUUACAAAUGUAAGUAAGAGAAAGAAUGCUGACGAUGCCUCCAUAGUGUACACCAACAAAGUUUAUGAAAACUUCAAUUUCGGCACUGGGAUUUCCAUCAGACAAAACAGAACAGAAACACAGCAUGAACACUGUAUUUAUGAGAAUUAGAAGUCCCUGAGCUACACAAAUUCAACUUUACUCUGCUUAAAACUCAACCUUUGAUACGUUGUCAGUAUCAGUGUUCUCAUCACUCAUUUGAUUCAUGUGGUAUGGCAUAUAUCACCCCUUUGCUAAAAUAUUGCAAAUAUUGCUUCGCCACAGUGACAUUGCUUUCACAUGAGGUUUUUGUGGGUGAAGAGAUAUCACAUCAUAUGGUAAGGACAAUAUUUGAGGCUGCAUGGUUGUUACCUUGGAGGGUAUAUUCUAGAGCAUUUUUUAGUUCUUUACCCUGCAGUACAGUAUUAACAUUGCAUAGCAGUCCUUCUCUUUUGUUUGUCCUUACUAAAGAUACUAUUUGUGAUGCCAGCAUGUUAAUCUUUGUGCUACAUUAUUAUAACCAUCAAAGCCUUAUCUUAAUCCAAAAGAAAAUGUGUGAGCGGAACUGAAAAAGUGAGCUGAUUGAAAUAGAAUGUGCCACAUUGUGAGUUGAAUGUAUGAGUUUGAAUGUAUUUAGCCAAGGUGUAAACAUGGCGUAAACACGGUGUAAACUGUAAAUGUGAACUGAAUAGAAAUGUGAUAGUCUUAUACAAUCUCUCUAUCUCUGUGAGUGUGUGUGUGUGUGUGUGUGUAUGUGUGUGUGUGUGUGUGUGUGUGUGUGUGUGUGUGUGUGUGUGACCAACUCGCGGUUCAACAUCUAUAGUACAUUAAUGAGUAAGCAGUGCUGUUGGAAUAGUCUGCAGCCCCUGGACUCACCCUAGAGGUCAAAUAGCUCUUUGCAGAUGACCUGGUCCACGUCCACCUAUCACUCUAAAAACGGGGCAGCACUCACUACAAUGACACCACACUGCAGUUCAUUUCAUGCCAAAUUAGUUCAAUCAAGUACAGAUGUGAAAUAACAAUCACUUUAUUUUUAAAAUGCAUUAGCCUACACAUUUGUGGAGGAAACCGUCCACCUCAGCAUUUAACACCUCUCAUUCAGCUUUCCUUCCUGUUCACCAUAAAAACAAGUAUGAUGUAGGCUACUGUGAUGUGUUGCAUGUUUCAAACUGCUGAAUUUGUUGCCUCACAAAUUAAAUGUACAAAUAAAUAUGUCUUUGUGUUUAUGUU